UCUUUUUCUGGAAUAAUGGAAAGACUGAGGCUUCUUCCUACCAAAAAGCAAGGGGGGGUCCUUCAUUUAUGUUCAGUCUGAAUUACGUGAAAGUUAGCUGUUUCCUAACCUAAGCUGCUUUCUGUCCUGACCCUCACUCAACAAGAUCCCUAGUUCCUUCCUUCCCCUGUGAUACCCAUGAACUGCCAGGAGAGGCUGCUCUAGUUCCACUUGGGGAAUCACCUGGUGUGAGGCACACCCUACCCUGUCAUAUUCUUUACCUUAUACUAAGUCUCCCCUCUGAAUAAUGUCUUAAAUUUCUUGAGGAGAUGCCAGGAGACACCUGGUUUUGGUUUUCAAAAGACUUGGAGGGCUGUCUAGGACACUACUCCCUCUGAAAUAAAGUUUCCUCAACGUCCACCUUGUAAAGUAGCCUUCUGAUAUCCAACGAUCCUCUCAUUGUCUCUGCAAAAAGAGAUCUAAGGUCUUGGACGAUGGAGGAACAUCUGCUCUGUUCUGUUUUCAGAGAUCAGUACCAGUAGCUAACAAUUUUUUAAUGCCUACCCUGUGUCAGGCUUUGCUGAGCACUUUAUGUGCAUGAUCACAUUUAAUCUUCAUGAUUCUGUAGGGUAGAUAUAUUCCUGUUUAGGUGAAGACACUGAGACUCAUGAUAAGGUACCUUCCCUGAGGUCACACAGCUUAAAAACCUGGAAUUGGUGCACAAACCUGACUGCUAAGCCCAGGCACUCACCGCUCCUCCUUCCUCACUGACUAGAUAGAAGAGGUCUGAGACUACAGAUCGAGGGCUUGGCCACAGGCAGCUAGCAGAACACAGUGCUUACCGCUGAACUGGGCAAUGGAUCCUGGAAAUAUUGGUGGGUAGUGCCUGCCAGGAAGUAGGAAAAUGGACAGUUCUAGUGCCUGCAUGCAGCACACAGGCCUUGGUUGGGCAUCUGAGAUUUGCAUUCUUUUUCAGACUCAUUUUGGGUGGAAGGUAGGGUUUAGCGUUAAUCCAGAUGCCCUCUAAUCUAGUCUUAAUGAUGGAAAUCAGUAGUGAGUACUGACUGCUGCUAGUAGUUCAGGGGCAGGGGAGAUACGCUGCACGUGGAGGUAGUACCUUGGGCCAAACCACAGGACAGAAAAUUGGAACAGAAUUAUACAAAUCAAGGUCAGAAAUUUCCUGUUCAACCCACGGGGUGGAGUUUUCUCCAUUCCUAUCCAUCCUACUGAAUAUAAGCCCUUAUUUGAUGUCAGUAACUGGAAAGAGCAGCUGGUAGGACUCUCAUUUCAGCUCUCGGCGUUCACCAUGAAUCCCAAGGUAGUCCUCGUGUUCCUGGCACUGUCCCUCAUUACCAUCUUUGCCCUGGCCUAUGUCUUGCUGAGCAGCCAAGGGGGCUCUAGCCAGCCUCCCCGCUGCCCCUCCAUAUCCCACAGUACCCAGCCCUGGACACACCCUGGUCAGAGCCAGCUGUUUGCAGACCUGAGCCGAGAGGAGCUGACGGCUGUGAUGAGCUUUCUGACGCAGCAGCUGGGGCCAGGCCUGGUGGAUGCAGCCCAGGCCCUGCCCUCGGACAACUGUGUCUUCUCGGUGGAGCUGCAGCUGCCCCCCAAGGCCGCAGCCCUGGCCCACCUGGACAGGGGGCGCCCCCCGCCUGCCCGGGAGGCACUGGCCAUCGUCUUCUUUGGCAGACAACCCCAGCCCAACGUGAGUGAGCUGGUGGUGGGACCGCUGCCCCACCCGUCCUACAUUCGGGAUGUGACCGUGGAGCGUCACGGGGGCCCCCUGCCCUAUCACCGACGCCCCAUGUUGGGAACUGAGUUUGCCCAGAUGUGGAAACAUUUGAAAGAGGUGGAACUACCCAAGGCACCAGUCUUCCUCGCUUCAGUCUUCAACUACAAUGGUUCCACUUUGGCACCUCUGCAGGCUACCCCGAGUGGCUUGCGCUCAGGGGACCGGACUACCUGGAUAGCCCUCCACCAUAACAUCUCAGGUGUUGGGAUUUUCCUUCACCCAGUGGGGCUGGAGCUACUACUGGACCACAGGGCCCUGGACCCUGCCCAGUGGGCUGUCCAGCGGGUCUUCUACCUUGGGCGCUACUAUACAGACUUGGGACAGUUGGAAUGGGAGUUUAAGGCUGGCCGGCUGGAAGUGGUUAGAGUUCCCCUGCCCCUGCCGAAUGGGGCUUCAUCCCUGCGGUCCCGGAGCUCCCCGGGUCCUCUUCCCCCUCUGCAGUUCUCACCCCAGGGUUCCCGAUACAGUGUACAAGGGAGCCUUGUGGUGUCCUCCCUCUGGACAUUCACCUUUGGCCAUGGGGUGUUCAGUGGCAUGAGGAUUUUUGAUGUUCGGUUCAAGGGCGAGCGAGUGGCCUAUGAAGUCGGUGUCCAGGAAUGCGUAUCUAUCUAUGGUGCUGAUUCACCCAAGACGAUGAUGACCCGUUACUUGGAUAGCAGCUAUGGACUUGGCCGUCACAGCCGGGGCUUGGUGCGGGGAGUGGACUGCCCCUAUCAAUCCACAAUGGUGGACAUCCACGUAUUAGUGGACAAAGGGACAGUCCAGUUGCUCCCAGGGGCUGUGUGUGUAUUUGAGGAGGCCCAGGGACUACCUCUUCGAAGGCACCACAAUCACCUUCAAAGUCAUUUCUAUGGUGGUUUGGCCGGCUCAGCCCUUGUAGUCAGGUCUGUGUCAUCCAUAGGCAACUAUGACUACAUUUGGGAUUUUGUAUUGCACCCAAAUGGGGCGCUUGAAGGGCGGGUCCAUGCCACGGGCUUUGUCAACACAGCUUUCCUGAGUGGGAGAGAGGAAAGCCUCCUCUUUGGGAACCGUGUUGGGGAGCAAGUGCUGGGGGCAGUUCACACGCAUGCUUUCCACUUCAAGCUGGACCUGGAUGUGGCAGGGCUGAAAAACUGGGUGGUAGCUGAAGACGUGGUGUUUAAACCUGUGGCAGCCCCUUGGAGUCCAGAACACCAGCUGCACCGUCCACAGCUGACUCGGCAGGUCCUGGGAAGGGAGGACCUGACAGCUUUUUCCUUGGGAAGCCCCCUUCCUCGCUACCUUUACCUGGCUAGCAACCAGACUAAUGCCUGGGGUCACCAGCGUGGGUACCGAAUCCAGAUUCACAGCCCCCUUGGCAUACACAUGCCCUUGGAAAGCGACAUGGAGAGGGCCCUCAGCUGGGGGAGAUACCAGCUCGCGGUGACCCGGAGGAAGGAGGAAGAGUCACAGAGCAGCAGCAUCUAUUACCAGAAUGACAUCUGGACGCCCACUCUUGCCUUUGCUGACUUCAUCAAUAAUGAGACUCUCUUAGGAGAGGACCUGGUGGCUUGGGUUACAGCCAGCUUCCUGCACAUUCCCCAUGCUGAGGAUGUCCCCAACACAGUGACUCUGGGGAACAGAGUUGGCUUCUUGCUCCGACCCUAUAACUUCUUUGAUGAGGACCCCUCCAUCUUCUCCCCAGGCAGCGUCUACUUUGAGAAGGGCCAGGAUGCUGGGCUCUGCAGUGUCAACCCUGUGGCCUGCAUCCCUGACCUGGCGACCUGUAUCCCGGACUUGCCCCCUUUCUAUUACCAAGGCUUUUAACCCCAGAGUGUGGUGGGAUACAGAGAGGGGGUGGGCAUGUGCUAAGAUAUCCAUACUUUUCUGUUCUUACUUCCUACUUCCCUGACUUCAAUCCUCUUAAUGUUUCUCAGGAAACAGCCUGUUCCCACACUAAACCCCCAUAUAUCCUUUCGGUUAAUUCAUAUUUUCAGUUUCUUAUUUCUAAAUGAUGAUUUUAUACAAAUGAUAUUAUUAAAAUAUUCCAGCAAAAACACCACAAAUCCUACGACUCAGAAAUAGCAAGUGUUCACAUUUGGUGAACGUUAUGCCAGACAUUUCUUUAUCCAGGUGCAUUGAAAUGGAAGAAUAGAUAGAAUUUUGUAAAAAUAGAUGUAAUAUGCAAUUUAUAAUAAAAAAUAUGACAAAGUUUUUACUUGA